CUAAGAGUUCUCAUCCAAACUAUUCCCAGGCAGCAACAGAAAAAUUUGACGCCAACUCCCCCAUAGUCCGAAAGUUAAUCGGGUGGCUCAACAAGGAAGGAGAGGCCCGGUCCCAAGGGACCAGGAGAGAAACGAGUCAGGGAGAAGAUGAGGAGGUGGAAAGUCAAGGGCGCAUAUCAGUACAUAAGAGGAUGCGCAAAAAUGCGUCCCAAAGGUUGGGACCCAAGACUGAGGAAUCUGGAGAAAACUCUGGGGGCCACGGAAAUGAAGAUGCCGGAGACAUNUUCCCAGGCAGCAACAGAAAAAUUUGACGCCAACUCCCCCAUAGUCCGAAAGUUAAUCGGGUGGCUCAACAAGGAAGGAGAGGCCCGGUCCCAAGGGACCAGGAGAGAAACGAGUCAGGGAGAAGAUGAGGAGGUGGAAAGUCAAGGGCGCAUAUCAGUACAUAAGAGGAUGCGCAAAAAUGCGUCCCAAAGGUUGGGACCCAAGACUGAGGAAUCUGGAGAAAACUCUGGGGGCCACGGAAAUGAAGAUGCCGGAGACAUCCUCAAAUUGAGAAAAGAAAUGGAGGAACUAAAGAGGCAGGUUGACAAGGACGGGUCUUUCGGGCCCACAGUAGAGAUAAUUUCUCCCUUUACUGCCAGAGUAAUGAAGGCUCAACUGCCCAGGGGUAUGAAGGCCCCUGAAAUCCGUUAUAAGGGAGUCACUGAUCCCAAUGAUCAUUUGGCUGCAUACCAGACUCACAUGUUGAUGCAUGCCGUGGAGGACGAGAUCCAAUGUCGACUCUUCGUAGGAACCUUGGAAGGGCCGGCCGUAAAAUGGUUCCUCACUCUUCCCAAUGGGACCAUUGAUUGCUUCAGAGAUCUUGCUCAACUUUUCCUCAAUGCCUAUGGAGGAAGGUUCCAGCCAAAAAAGCACUUCACCCAUCUUUUCUCCUUAAAGCAAAAGGAGGGAGAGACCAACAGUGAGUUGGUACAAAGAUGGAAUGAGGCAAUCAAUGAGGUGGAGCCUAUGGAUGAUAAGACUUCCAUUGCUCUGUUCAUGAAUGUUCUUAGGUCGGGGGAAUUAUUCAAGAAGUUAGAUUAUGAUACCCCUACCUCUUACAAGGCUAUGAUGGCUAGAGUUAACAAGUUCUGCGCCACGGAAGAAUCGGAUCACCUGAAGAGAAAGAGCGAAGGAGCCUGGCAUAAAGGCCCGGACAAAGAAAAGAAAGGAGAAAAGGCCAAGGCGGCCACUUUCUCCAUCCCUACUCUCAAGUCACUAGCCACACCAGUGGCAGAGAUUAAGAACAAGGAGGAGGGUGGGCAGAAGAGGAAACGUGGAGAUCAGAAGAGAAGGCAGUGGCCUUAUGACCCAGAAAAAUAUUGCAACUUCCAUAGAAGGCCUGGACACGCCACUGAAGAGUGUCAUUUCCUCAAAAAGAUGGAAGGAGAGAUGAAGAACAAAGAACCAAGUGCCAAUCAGGAGCCGAACCAAGGAGGUAACGUUUGGCGUAGGGACGCCCAACCACAACAGCAAGUCCAGGAGAACCCGGAAGAAUUUCCCCAAGUAGGAGUCAUCUUUGGCGGUCCAGAAACAGGAGUCACAAGCAAGGAGAGGAAGGAAUGGGCUCGCAAGCUGUAUGUGGGGUCCAUUGACAUAAGCCAAGCGGCUAAGAGGGGAAGGAGGGAGCCCAUUGUCUUCUCAGACGAAGAUUUACCACUCAUUCCUAGUCCUCAUCGGAUCCCCCUGGUAAUUUCUAUGGCUAUUCACAAAUUUUUUGUGAAAAGAAUUUUGGUGGACACUGGAAGCAGUGUCAAUGUGCUGUACUGGGAAGCCGCCCAGCAAUUGGGAAUCAGGAAGGAAGAUCUCACAAAGCUUAACAUGCCCCUGUCCGGCUUCACUGGAGAUAUAAUUGAACCGGAAGGGUCCAUUAAAUUGGACAUCAUCAUAGGGGAACAUCCUAAGGUGAGACAUAUGAGGAUGGAUUUUGUAGUGGUCGACAUCAAAUGCGCUCACAAUGCCAUCUUAGGGAGGCCUGGGCUAGAGGACUUGGGGGGUGCACUAUCCCUUGAACACCUGUGCCUCAAGUUUAGGACUCCCGAAGGUGUUGGGAGAGUGCUUGGUGAUCAGCCCGCGGCCAAAAAGGCCUAUCUAAGCGCCUGUAAGAAGAUAGGUAAGGAGAACCUCAACAUCCAAACCAUCGGGCAUGUUUUGGAAGAUAAAGAAAGGAAGGAGGAAGACCUGGAGAGGCCCAAGCCAGCGGUGGAAAUGGAGGAAGUGGUGCUAUUCCCCGAAGGGGACCAAGAAAAGGCUCACCCAGUAAGAAUCAUGACGGACCAGCCUCUGGGAGCAGUUUUGAGGGACCCAUCUUCUUCGGGAAGGGUCAUUAAGUGGGCCAUGGUCCUCUCCCAAUAUGAUAUUUCUUACCAGCCCCGUUCUGGUAAGAAAGGUCAGGUCAUCGCAGAUUUUAUGGUGGAAUGCACAGCAAGAGGGAAGCCAGAAGAGGAAGGGACCGGUCAGGAAAGAAAAAGGGAAUUAUGGGAGGUUCAUUCAGAUGGAUCUUGCACUAAAGACGGUUCGGGAGGAGGAGCGGUCCUCACCUCCCCCGAAGGUUUCAAGGCUUAUCAUUCCUUUAAGUUCACAUUUCGAGCCACCAACAACGAAGCAGAAUAUGAGGCCCUCAUUGGAGGGAUCCAAAUUGCCCUAUUCAUGAGGAUAAAGCACAUUCGCCUUAAAUCCGAUUCAAAAUUGGUCAUUGGGCAGCUGAAAGGAGAAAUGGAGGCCAAGGAAGGAAGGUUGAAGAAGUAUAGGGACUGCGCCAGGACUCUGCUUGGACAAUUUGAGUCUUAUGAGCUCAUAUAUGUCCCAAGAGAAGAGAAUAAAGAGGCGGAUAUGCUCGCUAAAUUAUGUAGGACCAUUCCCAUUCACAUGGAGGGCAUGGUAAGGCAGCACGAGAGGAUCUGUCCUGUUUGGGAAGAGGCGGUCCCUGUCCUCGAGAUAUCCGGUCCAGGUACAACUUGGAUGAGCCCCCUGAUCACGUAUCUUGAAAAGGGAGAGCUCCCUGUUGACCCCAAGGAGGCCCGCAGAGUCCAAUUAAUGGCUCCCAAAUAUCAAUGGGAUGGGGGAAAAUUAUAUAAAAGGACCUUGGGAGGACCAAUGCUCAAAUGCUUGAGUGAGAGAGAAGCAAGAAGAAUAUUGGAAGAAGUGCACCAAGGAGUCUGUUCUGCCCAUCAAGGCGCCCUUACUCUAGCGAGAAAGGUGAUACUCCAGGGGUUCUAUUGGCCCACCUUGAAGAAGGAUGCGCUGGAGUUGGUGAGGAAAUGCCCUACUUGCCAAGCAUUUGCACCUAUCCCUGGACGCCCAUCCACCUUUUACACCCCUGUCACUACAGCCAUCCCUUUUGCUAGAUGGGGGUUGGACUUGGUGGGUCCUUUCGUCCAAGGGGCUGGAAGGAAGAAAUUUGCCAUUGUGGCAGUGGACUACUUCACCAACACAAGGGUGGAAGCAUACACUCCAAGCCUCAAUGAGCAAUUGAUGGACGUGGACUCCCAUUUCACUCAAGAAAGGAGGGACGACGCGUCAAUAAAGGCUGAGGAGUACCAGCGGCAAUCCAAGAGGUAUCACGACAAAAAAACUGUACCUUGGGCGUUUGAGGUAGGAGAUUGGGUCCUACGUAAAAGGGAGAAAAGUCAGCCUACUAAAGGAGGAAAAUUAGCCCAAAAUUGGGAAGGACCAUACCGUGUGGAGAAGGUGGUGCGCACAGGCACCUAUCAGUUAGCUACAUCGGAAGGGAAGACAUUAGACAAUUACUGGAAUGUGGAGCAUCUAAAAAAAUUCUACCAGUAAAGCCUACAUGUUCAAGGUUCUGCCCUCCCAUAAGUUUUCCUAGCCUCUUUCUCAAAGGGUUCUUUUCCCCUUUUAUCCAAAGAGAAUGGAUUGUACUAUACUUAAUAUGAAGAAUAAAUUUCCCAUUCAUUG